GCAGGCGCCCUGACUAUCGGUCUAUACAAAGGUCCUGCAUUCAUCAGCCAUCGCGAUGCACAUCCCCUGCUCGUUAGGAAAGCUAAGCCCGAUUACCUGCACGGUUCCAUGUUUUUGGUGGGCAGCGUCCUGUCUUAUGGUUUGUGGUUCAUCUUUCAGGUGAAGCUGUUCAAGGUGUUCCCUUGCAAGUACUUGUCAACGAUGUUGAUAUGCAUCACUGCAGCAGUUCAACAGGUAGUUGUUGGAUUGUGUAUCGAUCACUCCAAGUCCUCGUGGAGAUUAGGCUUCGACCUGCAUCUAAUUACUAUUCUUUAUUCGGGAGCAUUCGCUACAGCGGCAACUUUCUGUUUGGUGUCGUGGGCGGUUGCAGAACGAGGGCCAACAUAUCCCUCUAUGUUCAACCCUUUGUCUCUUAUCACUAUAGCCAUCGUGGAAGCCAUUUUCAUGCAUGAAGAGCUCAAAUUGGGAAGCUUGAUUGGAAUGCUUGUGAUCAUAAUAGGGCUGUAUGCCUUUUUGGGAGCCAAGAACAAGGAGUUUAAAUACUUGAACCGGAAAAUAUCAGAAACAACAGCCACCACUCAGUUUCCCGCAACAAAUGGUAUUAGUAACAAUAUUGACAAGAGCAAUGCAGGUUGCGAUCAAUCAGCAAAGGUGUUCUGUCCUUCAACUGUGGCUCCAACUAAAUCAGCUGAUGACCGUGCCGACGUGACUAAUGCAGACAGUGAAAAUUACUGUGUAACUAGGAUCACCAAAAUGUAACAAACCUUAUAAUCUGUAUGCUGACUAAUUAGGUUUUUCCUGUUGGGAUGAAUAAUUUUGAUAAAGGUGAUGCAUUUUGUUAUCUGUAUUUUGCUCAAAUUAGGCUAGACCUGGCAAUUCAGGCCCGAAACUAUAAAUCUGUGGCAUAGAUAUUAAACCUUGGAAACAUUAAAAGCUCGACGCUUUUAGGAUUCUGCAUAGAUAUUGUAGUCUCAAACUUCCAGAUAGGGGUUUAGAAUCUGCACAAGUAAAUGCAUUCUGCAUUGUUUUCUGCAUUCUGCAUAAGUAAUUGCAUUCUGCAUUGUUUUUCUACAUUCUGCAUAAAAACUGCAUUGUUUUUAUGCUCUGUUUUUCUGUUUAUAGUUGCAUUGUUUUUCUGCAUUCUGCAUAAAAACUGCAUUGUUCUUCUGCUCUGUUUUUCUGCAUUCUGCAUUGUUUUUCUGCAUUCUGCAUAACAAUGUAAUUUGUUAGCACCCUUAUAUAUAUGUUCGAUAUAGUAACACCACCACUGUUGCAGAGUAAAGCGAGUAGAAGAGGAAGGCAAGGAUUCUGAGUCCACAUUUCGGUGUGCAAAAAGUUGUGACACGAGAAGAAGCAGAGAAGCCAUGACAAGUUUGCAGUAAAACUACUUAUAUCAGGGUGAAGCCAAUGUGAAAUUGUGAAUAUGUAUGAGGUCUUUUGUGUGUGAUAAAUGUGUUGGUAUAUAUAGGGAGUUAUUGUGGGAGGAUUUACUUCAAUUGCUCACUGGUAAGAGGGUGUUUGCUGAUUGCAUAUACGAGGAAGUGUAAGCUAGGGGUUGAAAAAACAGGGGGAGACAGGGGCCAUUUGGCUGAUGGUUUUGAAUUGCUGUUAUUAAUGUUACUGAUAGACUGGUAGUAGUAUUAAUUUUGUUGGGAGUCAUUGACAUUUUAAAUUUUAGAAUGCUCAGUCAUAAAUCUGGAGAUGGAGAUUGUUGUGGCUA